AAGGUCUUUCUUAACAGCAACCAACAGCCAGUUCAGUGUGUGUGUUUGUGUGUUUACAAUGUAAGACUACUGUCACUUCUUUUUUGCUGACAUUGAACGAUGGUGCGUUCUAAUUGAAGAAUGUUACAGUCGUUUUGGAGUCGCAGGUGAAAAUAAUUCGCCGGAAAAACCGUAGAGACGUGUAGUAAUACAAGCUUGCGUGGAUAUGAGUCAGCUGUUGUAUGUGUGAACAUUAUGUGAUGGGGAGGGGCUGUGGGAGCACAAGUACAGCGAGGGAGAGAUAAGGAAGUCCCAGCAGGUUGUCAGAUGGAUCCUGCAUCUGGUCGGGGUCAUUUUGCUCCUUUCUUUACCACCAUUAUGGAUCUUUUGUCAUUGACGAGAGGAUUUAUGUCACCGAUCAGAACAGCCAGUUUGACUGACACCAGUUACCCCCUUCAAAUGGAGCUUUAAAACAAAGUGGACUUCUUCAGUAUGCUGAACCACCCGUCUCCUCCUUCACUUCAGUGGCUCUUACUGUGCACCCUGUUCUGGGCUUGUGGUUGCAACAAGGCAGCCUAUUCUCCUGGGGAGGGCAGAAAUGUUUGGCAGCAGCCCAAGAUGGACACCAUAGAGACCCAGUCUUUCCUCCAUGACACCUUUCCUUUAGAAUUCCUCUGGGGUGCAGGGACAUCUGCCUUCCAGACCGAAGGAGCCUGGGACCAGGAGGGGAAAGGACGGUCCAUCUGGGACCAUUUCAUCAACUCAUCUGCCAGUGAUAGUUUGGUGACUGAGGCAGCCAGUGUGGUUAGUGACAGCUACACUCGCUGGGAAGAAGAUGUGAAGGCUCUGGAGUUGCUUGGUGUAAGAUCGUACUCCUUCUCUCUUUCCUGGCCCAGGCUCUUUUCCGAUGGCAAUGCCAGGAGUCAGCCUAAUAGAGCAGCUGUGGAGCAUUAUACCCGCGUCAUAAAGAAGCUCCAGGAAAAAAACAUAGAGCCCAUUGUCACUCUCCAUCACUGGGACCUGCCACAGGUCCUACAAGAACAAUAUGGAGGCUGGAAGAACGACACACUGGUGGGAAUGUUUCAGGAGUACGCUGCCUUUUGUUUCCACACAUUUGGGAGCCAGGUUAGGUACUGGAUCACAAUGCAUAAUCCAUACCUGGUUGCUGUACAGGGGUAUGGUACUGGUGUACAUGCUCCUGGAGAAACAGGGGGUCUCUCUGUCUCGCUUAUUGUGGCUCACAACCUGAUCAGGGCACACGCCAAAGCAUGGCACACCUACAACAGUCACUUCCGCCCGACUCAGAAGGGUAAAAUAUCCAUUGUUCUGGGAUCACACUGGGUAGAGCCUCAAAAAGGCCGAGCCACAGCUGCCAAUGUAGACUUUUGCCAACAGUCAAUAGAGGCUGUACUUGGCUGGUUUGCCAAUCCCAUCUUUGGAGAUGGGGACUAUCCAGUUUCUCUCAGAACCAAACAUGGCGCCCUCCUGCCCACCUUCACCCCCGAGGAGAAGCUCUGGGUCCAGAAAACAGCUGACUUCUUCGCUCUGUCCUUCGGGCCUAACAACUUCCGUCUAGGCCGGAAUCUGAUCCAGUUUGGGCAGUCUGUGACCCCAGACCUGAGGCGCAUUUUGAGCUGGAUAAAGCUGGAGUAUGGGGAUCCAAGGGUGCUUGUGGCUGAGGCAGGCUGGUUCUCUGAAGCAAGCAUAGGAACAGAGGACACAGUGGCCAUCUAUCUGAUGAAGAGUUUCAUCAAUCAGGUUCUGCAAGCUAUUAAGUUUGAUGGUGUGCAGGUGUUUGGCUACGUUGCCUGGUCAUUGGUGGAUGGAUUUGAGUGGAAUUAUGGCUACACUGUAAGGCGAGGUCUUUUCUACAUCGACUUCACUGAACCAAACCGAACCAGGACCCCUAAGACCUCCGCUCUGUACUACCAGCGUCUUGUUGCUGACAAUGGUUUCCUUAAAGAUGAAGCCUCCGGAGAGGUCAAUGGUCGUUUCCCUUGUGACUUUCACUGGGGUAUUUCUGAGUCGACUCUACAGGUCCACUUCUAUCCUUUCUCACCACAGUUUACUGACCCUCAUUUAUAUAGCUGGAACUUGACGGGGGAUAGAUUGUUACAUCCCAUCCCAGGGGUGAAGCUCCACACAAGACCGGCUCAGUGCACUGACUAUUUGACCAUCCAUGCUCAUCUUCGCUUGUUUGCAUCUACUGGAGCAUCUCACUACUGCUUUGCCUUAAACUGGUCUCUGAUUUUACCCCAUGGUGACCUCUCGAAUAUUAACACUGAGGCGCUGAGGUACUACCGAUGUGUCCUGACUGAGCUCAAGAAAAUGAACCUGGAGGCUGUGGUAAUUCUCUAUUACCCCACACACAGAGCUCCAAAUCUGGGAUUGCCGGGGCAACUGCAUGCCUCUGGAGGUUGGCUCAACCACAGCACAGUUGAAGCUUUUCAGGAAUAUGCAGCGCUAUGCUACCAGCAGUUGGGGCCCUGGGUUCAAUACUGGAUCACCAUCAACGAACCAAACAGACUCGUAGAUGUUUAUUCCAAUGGGAGAGAGAAGCAUCAAGCAGCCCAUAAUCUUCUUCUGGCUCACGCAAAGGCUUGGAGAUUAUAUGAGAGUGAACAUUUUCAUCAACAGAAAGCACUGGUAUCACUUGCACUACAUGCUGACUGGGCUGAACCUGCCAACCCCUUCCUGGACUCACAUAUAGCAGCUGUACAGAGAUUCCUAUUAUUUGAACUGGGUCGCUUCCUAGACCCAUUGCUGGGAACAAGACAUAAGGGGAAGAAUAGCAAGGGGGGCUACUCGGAAGAAAUGCAGACAUACCUAGAGGAGAGAGCUCAAGUAAUGGGACUCCCUGGAACUCCUCUGCCUAGUUUUAAUGAAAGUGAAAAGGAGGAGUUGAGAGGUGCUUUGAGUUUUGUUGCACUGAACCAUUUCACCACCCGAUUGGUGUCUCCAUAUCUUCAAACACAGGGAAAUUCCCAACAGAAGCAGCCUCCUGAUCAUGGCUGUCUGACCCUUUCUGACCCCACCUGGCCCUCAUCCAGUCUGAAGCAAGCUAUUGUACCCCAGGGCCUGAGAAAGCUCCUGAACUGGGUGAAUCAGAGAUAUGGAGGGGCUCUACCUAUCAUUGUGACAGCGAGUGGAAUUGAUGAUCAGGCUCCUGUUGAGGACAAACUCAGGCAACACUACCUCAGGAGUUACAUGCAAGAAGCUCUCAAAGCUCACCAAGUAGAUGGAGUCAAUCUACAGGGCUUCUACAUGUGGAAACUACAAGAUCGACACGUCUCCCAGUUUGGGCUUUUCACCUCAACCCAACACCUAUCGAAGGCCAAGGAUUCUGUUGCUGUCUACAGAAAAAUUAUCUCUCAUGGUGGUUUCCCCGUGGACAACACCACGCAGACCUGUAGGUUCAGUGAACAGCUGUAUCAACAAUGCUCUAUGUGUGAAUGGAUGUUCAAGAACAAAGCAAUGUUGAUAUUUGGAGGCUGCCUCCUGAUAACAGCUGUCAUGUUUGUGGCACUUAUCAUCUUUGUCAUCGUCCACAAGAGAAACCAAAGAAGAGGUCGGAGAAGGACGAACAGGAGGAGGAGAAGGGACGGAGUGCCUGUAUGCUUAUGUCCACCUGUUGCUAAGCGCCAACUGUAGAAGAGGUUGAUUCAUUACAAACUGUGUGUAGCUCAGGUCUAGGGCUCGUCAGUGCUUGUUGUGUAAUCAUUUUACCCAGAAUCAUUGUCAAUAGAAAGUGUUUUCUUUCUUUUUUUUUCAAAACACAAGAUUCUAAACUUUUUAAUUGAGUUUAAUGAAGAGGUAAUAUGGUUCUAAUAAUGUUGACCUUGUUUUGGACACUUGAAUAUUAUACACUGCAAAUUGGCCUAAAGUGGGACUUUGACAUAUGAUAUAUAUUUAGCUCAGAUAUAAUCAUGGACAUUUUGAAAGAGUCAAAAACUUCAAACAAACAUGAUAUUGAAUACCACAGUAUCUAUUUCCAUGGAAGAAUAACGCCCCCUAGUGUCAACUUAGACGUAAUUUCAGUAUAAAAUGUAGUUGGAUGGAUGGAUGGAUGGAUAGAUACCAAAAGCAAAUAAAAUGCUUAUGUUUCCAGUGAGAAAUGAUCAUAGCAUCAUAGAUGUUGAAAUAAUUGGAAUAAAUGCAUUCCAGAAAAUGUCAUAAUUGUUGCUUUAGUGAAAGUGAACUUUGAAUAAAGAUGCAUCACUUUGA